AUGGACCCCGAAGACCGCAAGGUUGCCCAGGCAAAGAAGCGCCACGAUGACGAUGUCAAGAGGCAUUUGGGGGCUGAUAAUAUCGGACCAGGAGAACCUCAGAAUGACUGGCAAGUCGCCUAUAUCUGGUCCUUCAUCCUGAAAUUCAACCUCCGACACAGAAUAGCGCGUCUUGAAUCGAUUGAAGACCUUGAACGGUGUCUAUAUGAGCCCGUCGCGAACCGACCUGAUGACAUCUUUGAAGGGAUCCUAAUUUGUUUUCUGUCCAACCUCAAACCUGGGUCUAGAAAUAUCAGCGCCGAAAACAUCCAGUCCAUCAUCUCCUCAUACAUUUCCGAAAAGCUCUCUGAGACCUCCGAAUGGACCGUCUGGGACCGUCCAUGGCCACUGAACGAAGAACAGCGCGCCUCAUGCUGCCUCACAGACGACCCUUAUCGAGCAGAGCUUGGCCGGUUGAGAUACCCCGGCGAGCCGAUGGGGGCGCGGGUGGAGAGGAAUCCGAUCAAGAGAGUGGAGGCAAAGGGAGGGGGGCUGUUUGAGAUGGACUGGAGGGACAGGGUGGCGCUGAUGAGACAACUGGUGGACUGGCAGUUGACGCACUCGGCCAGCAUUCGAGAUACCGUCAAUACUGCCUCUUCAUCCUCAACCACAAAACCCAAGAAAGGUUCCAAGAAGCCCGUGGAAGAAGUACCCGCUAUCAACGUCGAGCCUCUCGGUCUCAACCGCGACAAACAACGGGUCUGGUCUCUUGACGAUUCAUGGCGUUUAUAUCGCUCCGGCAACCCAUUCAAGCGUCCAUGUCCUAUGGAAUCCGUCUCCGACACGAAACAAGACUACCUCGCCUAUGUGGAAUCUAUCGUUGCUUAUGGGGCCCAAGAGCAAUCGCAGGCGGCUUAUGAAAAGGCCCAAGAGGAUGGCUCAAAAGGAAAGAAGAAGGCAGAUAAGGGUAAUGCUGGGUACAAAAAGUGGGUGAAGGGGGUUCAAGAUGAGAAGAAAUUAGGACAGGCUCUGGAAGGGAGAGUGGAGAAUAUCGAGAAAGAAGAAGGGAGGGUACAAAGAGCAAAACGCAAGAUUGCUCAGGUGGUUCAACUACAACAGGCUGCUGAAAUGCGUACCACCAGAACAAGACGGCCAAACAGAAAAGUCGACUACAGCUAUGGUGACAGCGAAGAAGAACCGAUUCCCGUCUCGCCCCCUCGGAAAUCCACCCGCCCUUCACGGUCCGGUAGAGGCGCCCCAAGCGACGAACCCUACCUUGCCUUGGACUCGCGCGGUAGGCCAAGUAUACCGGGCAUGGAGUUUGGUUUGAGAGGAAAUAAGAGGAAUGGGCUGGAUGCUGUGUCUGAGAUCGUUGAUGUGGAGGGAGGUGAGGAGCUGAAUGGGGAAAAGAAGCGGGGAAUGAAAGGGUACGCGUGGGUUGAAAACCCGGAUGUAAGCUCGCCAGCAGCCAACGGUACUGCCAACGGGGAGUCGACAGAAGCUUCAACGCCUGCUCCUGGGGCGGGGGAAGAGACACCCCGCGCGGGUCAAUCUCGGGGAACAUCACCUGUGGAGGAGAUUAUUAAAGUUGAUCCUGGAGAUGGAGAGAACGGAGGAGGAAUGGAAGAAAGCACAGAAGGGGCUAUGGAGAUUGAUGAAGAAUAG